AUGAACUUUAGCUACCCAGACUUUCUAGCGCCCCUGGACAACAAAAACCAAAAAAAUCAAAAUGUCAAUCACCAAAAUGCCAACGAUUUCAAUGACCUCUACAACCGCUUGGCGUCUCUAGACCAGUCCAACCUUGGCCACUCGCCCACUUCAAGACCCAUGGCUGAACCCCCUUACGGACACAACCAGUUUUCGCCCCAUUUUGCUCCUUCAAAUGGCUCUUUUGGCCAAGAUACCUUCAAUUUGCCCAUCGAACUUCAGGGCGGAAUCGGCACAAUUUCGUCUAGACGACCCAGUUACGCCGCCGAGUCGUUCACCAGGUCCGAUCCGCCGUUUUCAAUGCCGGGAGGAGCCUUUAACUCAAAAAAUACCUUGGCUACGUUUGCCGCAGUGAACAAUUAUAACAACCACCGGUUUAAUUUGGACAUGCUCAACGACUCGUUCACAAAUUUUAACUUGAACUCCAAUUUCUCCGACUUUCAGCAACGCCGGCCCAGCCAGCUCGUCGAGUUCCAGAGCCUGCUAGCUCCAAACCCUCCGGAACUCAAUUUGAACCAACCCGCUAACACUCGCGGAACCGCCAACGGAACCGCCAACGCAACCGGUGUCAAUUUGGAAAACGGUCUUCUUCUCCACGACCAGUACAUUCUGGCGUCUCCGGAACUCAAGCAGUUGUACCUGAAGGCCGCGAAAUACUUCCAGAACGUGGACACCACGGCGGUGAUAAUCUCACAAAUCGAAGCGUUGCUCAACAAGCCACAAAUCAUGAAAAUGAUAACCUUUAUAAAAAACUUGAACAACCUCACAUUCAACCAUAAACUCUUGUGUCUUGUGAUCAACAAGAAUGGAAAGUUUGAUUUGUUAUCGUACCCCAAUAGUUCAAACGUCUCGUUGCGAAAGAACGAUUUGGUAGUCGUUGAUGGCGACCGUGGGAAAGACUUGGUGAUGAUUUUGGAGCCUUUGGUCAACCUCAAUUUUGCCAUCUUGUUCAAUUUUUUGAAGAAACUCGAACACUUAAAAUCACUUACUAUUUAUGAUAGUCACCAGAAACAGAUGUCUUCCAAGAAGAAUUGCGGAGGCACCCAUUCAACUUCUAUGGAUGCUACCGCUAUCGUCAAUUCUCCUUCGAAUGAAGAUAAUGAAUUUAUUAUAACGUUGCCCACCAAGCAAAGUGUUGAGACUUGCGACACCUAA